AUGGCAGCUCUGGUGGACCUUCCCCGCAAGCUCUGGGAGCAUCCCAAUCCGGAGUCAACACAGAUGGCCGUUUUCAAGGCCCACCUCGAAAAAGCCAAAGGGAUCAAAUUGCCAGAUUUCAAUGCGCUGCAUCAAUGGUCGAUACAGAAUCGCUCCGAAUUCUGGACCUUUGUUUGGGAACACAUUCCGCUCAUUCACGAAGGCCGCUACGACAAGGCUGUUGAUGAAUCUGUCCCAAUCCAGAAUAACCCAGAUUGGUUCAAAGGUGUACAUAUCAAUUUUGCCGAAAACGUCCUCUUCAGCCCAGGAAGCUCUCCCGGGUCUCGGGCGACGACUGGCAAAGAAGAUUCCAAGAUUGCAGUACAUGAAGUCGUCGAAAACAAUAUUCAGCCGCCCAGGGAUAUAACCUGGAAAGAGCUUCGACAAAAAGUCGGUUUAUACACCCAGGCUCUCAAGGCAGCAGGCGUCCAAAAGGGCGACCGCGUUGCUGUUGUUGCUAGUAACAGCAUUGAUUGUCUCGUUUUAUUCCUUGCCACAACCUCUCUAGGCGCUUUGAUUUCGACUACCUCAUCAGACACUGGAUCGCGCGGAAUUCUGGACAGAUUGACGCAGAUCAAGCCUAAAUGGCUGUUUAUUGAAGAUGCGGCCAUCUACAAGGGAGAGAUUGUCGACUUGCGUCCCAAGAUCACUCAAGUUGUUGAAGGAAUGCACGGCAUUUCAGAAUUCCAAGGAGCUAUCGCGAUACCAAGGUUUCAUAAUCGGCAGAAGGAUAUUUCAGCCGUGCCACGCACCCAGACUUUGAAGAGUUUUCUUCACAAGGCACGAUCUGAUGAGUUGGAAUUUGUACGUGUCGGUUUUCGGGACCCGUUCCUCAUCGUGUAUUCGUCUGGAACCACAGGUCAGCCAAAGUGCAUCGUUCACUCUACCGGUGGGAUUUUGAUCACAGCUUGUAAAGAAGGAGGGCUACAUGAAGACAUGGGACCUAACAGCACACUUCUGCAAUAUACAACGACUGGUUGGAUUAUGUACCUAUAUUCGAUAAGCAAUUUGGUCCUCGGGAUAAAAGUUAUUUUGUACGACGGAAGUCCCUUUGCACCAGAUGCUCGCUUUCUUAUCAAGCUGAUUGGACAACAACGAGCGACUCAUUUUGGAACAUCCCCACGCUAUCUCCAAGAAUUAAGAAAACAAAAAAUUCGCCCGCGCGAAACGGCAGACCUCAGCAAUCUCCGUGUUGUGACUUGCACUGGAAUGGUGCUGGCAGACUCUCUUUUCGAAUGGUUUUAUGACGAAGGAUUCCCCUCUCACACUCAGCUCGGUAAUAUAUCCGGCGGCACUGAUCUUGCAGCUUGUUUUGGCAUCAACAACCCUCUAAGCCCACUAUAUGUGGGUGGCUGUCAGGGCCCUAGUCUGGCAGUGCCAAUUGCUGUAUUUGAUCAAGUCGAUGAAGGCCUACAAGGAGUCGAUGGAACUGCUUUACCGGAGGGCGAGGCUGGUGAACUUGUUGCUACCGGCGCCUUUCCUAGCGUUCCCGUCACGUUCUGGGGAGAGGACGGACCCAAGAAAUAUUUUGAGGCAUACUUUUCCAGAUUUAACAAUGUAUGGACGCACGGAGAUUUCAUCGCUAUUCACCCUAAAACUCAUCAAGUCACCUUUUUUGGCCGAUCAGAUGGUGUUCUCAACCCAUCUGGUGUUCGAUUUGGAUCUGCAGAAAUAUACAACGUGAUUGAAACCCAGUUUAGCAAAGAAGUGGUUGAAUCACUUUGCGUGGGCCAGCGACGUCCGCAGGAUCUCGACGAAUCUGUCUUUUUGUUUCUACACAUGAAACCUGAUCAAAGGUUCUCUGACGGUCUGGUGAAACGAAUUAAAGACUCAAUUCGCAAAGCUCUCAGUCCACGACAUGUUCCUAAGUACAUUUUCGAGACCCCUGAGAUACCGGCAACCGUUAACGGUAAAAAGGUGGAAUUGCCUGUCAAGCAGAUCAUAUCUGGGCGACGGAUCAAGCCAUCUGGCACUCUUGCCAACCCACAGAGCCUCGACUUCUACUAUCAGUUUGCUGAGGUUGAGAAAUUAGUCAAGAUUCCCGCAAAACUGUAA